AUGAUUGUACGCCAUUUUCCGAGCUCCAAGCUCAAAAAAUUCCUCCAUUGCUUCCUUACCUUUGAACGUUAUACUUCCCGCCUUACCAGAAAACCCCCCAAAUCAUCUCAACUUGUGUACACGAGCAACAUCAGGAUCAACAAAUUGGCACGACAGGGUAAACUUCAACAUGCCCGGAAGGUGUUUGAUGAAAUGUUGGAGAGAGAUGUAAUUUCUUGGAAUUCAAUGAUUACGGCCUAUUGGCAAAAUGGGUAUCUCAAUGAGUCAAAGAAACUCUUUGUAUCAAUUCCAGAGAUGACUGUAGUGUCUUGGAAUUCAAUGAUUGCGGGUUGUGUGGAAAACGAUUGCAUUGAUGAUGCUACUAUGUAUUUUAGAACUAUGCCUGAGCGGAAUGUUGGGUCCUGGAACGCGAUGAUUUCAGGUUAUUGUAAGUAUGGCAUGAUGGAGGAAGCAGCGAGGUUGUUUGAUGAGAUGCCAAAAAAGAAUGUCAUUUCUUAUACUGCAAUGAUUGAUGGGUAUAUGAAGAAAGGUGAGAUUGAUAAGGCAAGGUUACUUUUUGAACGUAUGCCGCAUAAAAAUGAGGUUUCAUGGACUGUGAUGAUUAGUGGGUAUGUAGAGAACGAGUGUUUCGAUGAGGCAAAGGAACUGUUCCAAAAAAUGCCAGAUAAGAAUGAGAAUGUGGUUGCAAUGACAGCGAUGGUUGUUGGGUACUGCAAGGAGGGGCGGGUGGAGGAAGGAAGGAUUCUGUUUGAUGGAAUACUAUUUAAAGAUAACGUUGCUUACAAUGCCAUGAUUUCAGGUUAUGCACAAAACGGACACAGCGAAGAGGCACUCAAGUUACUGGUCGAGAUGCUUAGGAUGUCUCUUCGACCAGAUCAAUCUUCAUGUGCUUCAGUUCUUUCUGCAUGUGCUGCUCUCGCAUCUCCUGUAGCUGGUAGACAAACUCACGCAGUUGUUAUUAAACAUGGGGCGGACUCCAAUGUCUCCGCGUGUAAUGCUCUGAUUACUAUGUAUAGCAAAUGUGGCAGCAUUUUUGAGUGUGAGUUAGCUUUUGAACUUAUCACAAGCCCAGACCUCGUUUCAUGGAACACUAUAAUUGCUGCAUUUGCACAGCACGGGUUGUACAAGAAAGCAGUUGCAUUUUUGGAACGAAUGGUUCUCAGAGGAUGUGAACCAGAUGGUAUAACAUUCCUCAGCUUAUUAUCUGCUUGUGCUCAUGCAGGGUUGGUUAGUCAGAGCGUCUCGUGGUUUGAUUCAAUGAUGAAAAACUACAACAUUACUCCAAGACCAGAGCAUUACGCUUGUUUGAUUGAUAUACUUGGACGAGCAGGUCAGCUAGACAAGGCUUACAACAUUAUCCAAGAAUCGCCUUUUCAAGCUGAUUUAGCAGCAUGGGGUGCCCUUCUUGCUGGAUGUCGCGCUCAUUCCAAUGUAGAACUGGGACAGCUUGCUGGAACGAGAGUCAUGGAAUUAGGCGGUGAUAGUUCAGGGCCUUACAUUAUGUUAUCUAACAUAUACGCUGAAGCAGGUAUGUGGGGCGAGGUCACGAGAGUGAGAGGGUUGAUGAAAGAACAUGGGAUCAGAAAGCAACCGGCGUAUAGUUGGACAGAGAUUGAAAAUAAGGUGCAUUAUUUUCUGGGAGGGGAUAUCUCUCAUCCAAGAAUUCGUGAAAUCCAUACAACACUCAAGCAGAUGAACUUGCAGAUGAAAUUCCAGGAAAAAGUUUUGGAUUUCACUGACUUUUACUUCCUGGAUGAACUGAAUUGUACAUGUAAAUAG